AUGGACCAACAGGAACCUCCUUCCCCUCAACAACAGGGUCAAAGCGAUGAAAAUCCGAAUAUCAGUAGUACCACAAGUAGCCCAAACAACAGCCCAAACUGGCUUUUGAAAAAACGACCUUCCCCUGUUUUCAAUUCUGUAGAGCAAACAACGAAUGAAAUAUCGUACAAUGAAGAACAGCAAGAUGAAAAUCAAACAGAUAAGGAAGAUUUAAUUAGAGAAUUGCAACAAGAGGCUUCUUUAGCAAAAGAACAACUCGCCACCACUGUUGAACAAAUGAAUUCUCUUUCCGAAAAGCUAGCUGAUUCAUUGGAAGACAUACUCAAAGGAGAUAUCGCGUUGAAGCAAGCAACAACAGAUCUAGAAAGUAAAAAAGAAGAGCUACGACAUUUUUCUCAUAUUAUUUCAGAGAAAGAAGAACGUAUAGAAUCAUUAAACCGGGAAUUGUGUCAGGCAAAAACUGAGAUUGAGAGCCUCAACCAUGAACUUUCUAUCAACUCUGAAAAUCUACGAGUUUGUACAGAACAAGCAAGACAAAACAACCAUCAAGUAGAAAGUCUCAGUUUGCAAUUAUCUUCAACAACAGAAGAAUUGAAUAGAGCUAUCAACACAGUCAAUGUAAAAACACAGGAAGUUGAAAGGGUUAAAUCUCAAAUUGAAGACGUCUCUAGUCAAUUAAUCAAAAAAACGCAGGAGCUUGAAGAAUCAACAAAUCAACUCCACGGUACAACUCAGGCACUCGAAACUCUCAGAGAAAAUAUGUACCGUCUUGAAAAUACUUGUCAAGAAACAACAAUAACUCUCAACAGUACAGUCCUUGAGUUAGAAGUACAACGCGAACUUGUUAGUGCAUUAACAAAGAAUCUUGGCGUUAAGGAGGACGAAUUGGCGAGCACUGCCUUGGAAUUGGGCGAGUACAAAGAAAGAUAUUCAAUGACUCAAUGUUCUUUAGAAAACGCCACACAUGAACUUUCAGAAACUCAAGAGCAGUUCAAAAUCACCUCCGAUCGUUUAUCUCAACUACAGCAAGAUCUAGAAGCAACAUCCUCUAAUCUUUCAAAUGCUCUUUGCGAGUUAGAGGUUACAAAGGAUAAUCUAAAGCAAACAUCUCUACAAAUUGAGUUGAGGCAAAAGGAGUUAGAACAUACCUCUUCAGAAUUAUUCAAUGCUAAUAUGCAACUUCAACAAGCAUCAAAUGAGGUGGCAAGAAUGACAGAAAAAUAUAAUGAAACCAAGAAUGAGCUCACAGAUACGACAGCACAGCUUACACUAACAAAAGAACAACUGAGUCAAUCCAUGAAUGAACUGGAGACAACUUCCAAGCAGUUGAAUGACACACUCAGCGAGUUGGAAUUUACUAAAGAAGAACUCGCAAGAACCAAUUCGACUCAUAACGAGUUGGCCAUGUCAAACACUGAAUUAGAAGAAACAAAACGAAAAUUAUUGGAAGCAUUAGCAACUGCGGAAAACUAUUCUAUUGAAAUUUCGCAAAAGGUCGAACAACUGUCUAACACGCAAGAUGUUCUCAACAACACUUUGAAAUCGUUAUCAGAAACAGAAGAAAAGUUCAACAACACUGUCGAAGAACUAAGGAAAUCUGAAGAAAAAUUCGAACUCACUGCCAAGGAGUUGCAAGAAACAAAAGAUGAACUUUGUUCUACCAAAGUAGAUCUUGACCAAACAAAGCAUCAGCUUUCAACAACCACCGAACACCUUGCCUUAACAAGAUCAGAUCUAGCAAAUUUAACGAAAAAUCUUGAGUCAGUAAGCAAUGAACUUAAACAAUCAAACUACACCCUUUCUUUAACCACUGAAAUGUUGAAAUCUACAAAAGAAGCUCUAGACUCAACUAGGACAAAUUUAGACUCCACAAAGGUCGCUCUUGCCGAAUCACAAGAACUGCUCAGAAUAACAAAAAAAGAAUUAAAAUCUAAAACAAGCGAUUUGGAUCGAACAACAAGAGAGUUGAACGAUACAAAAAACACUCUCCAAAAUACAAGAGAGCAUUAUGAACAAUGCACGCAAAAUUUAGAGUCAACUACACAGACGCUUGUUCAGUGCCAACAAAAGCUACAAGACACCCAAGAUAGCCUCGAUGCGGCUAAGAAUGACUUGUCUAGCAUUAAUGAUGAACUAAAAAGCACUCAAUCUGAACUUGGUAUGGUCAAAGAAGAAAAAGAAAUAUUACUCAAAGAUUUAGAACAAACAACCGAGCGUUUACACAUCAAAACUGAAGAGCUCAUGACCACGUCCAAUGCUCUUCAAUCUACUCACGCAUCAUUAACGUUGAAAAACGAAGAGCUUCAAACAAUGCAAAAAAUACUUGAUGCUACAAAUACAGAGCUCUCAAAUACAAAGAAAGAGCUACUAAUGUGCAAAUCAAGCCUUAAGCUUGUAAGCACAAAUCUCACCAAUGCAAAAAGCAUGAUAGAAAGCACAAAACAAGAGCUUGCACAAGCCAAUAAUUCUUUGAAGUCAACUACCGAAGCUCUGGAUAUUACCACACGACAACUUAGUGAGUCUAUCGAAUCCCACAAUCUUACUCGAAAUGAGCUAUCAAUUACACAUGAAGCUCUUAUUGAAACCAAAGAAAAGUUGGAAAAAACUACAUUUGAGUUGUCCCAAACAAAAGAUUUACUUACGGAAACACAACUCGCUUUUGAAAAAACAAUGGAGGAGAAAAUUUUGUUGUCAGAAGCUCACAACACCACAAAGGAUGAGCUUGAUUCAUCAAAGAAAACUUUAGAAGAGACGAAAUUACUUUUAGAACAAACGUAUUUGGAGCUUUCUAGAGUGAAUGAAGUGUUAAACGCCACUAAAGAGAAAUUGACUUUGAAAGAGAAAGAAUUGCAAGAGUCUAUUGAAGCCCAUAAUGCCACAAAGAAUGAACUGCUUCUAACCCAAAACAUUCUUGCUGAAACCAAAGUUGAAUUGAACGGAAAAUCAGAAGAGUUGGGUCGGACAGAAUUGGCAGUAGAAAAGUUCAAGGAAGAUUUAAAUGCCUUAAUUGAACGGAAUAAUAAUACCGAAAGUGAGCUGAAAAUUACCAAGGCCCAUCUUUCGGAGUGCUUGAGCGGAUGGGAAAAAACAAAGAUGGAACUAUCCCACGUGAAUGAAUUAUUAGCUAAAUAUCAAGAUCAUCUUGACCAAUCAUCGAGAGAUUUAGCUCAAACACAUGAGGCUCAUACCGCAACAAGAAACGAGCUUGAAGAAACAAAGUGUGUAUUGUUAGAAACGAAAGAUAACUUGAGAAUUUCUCAAGAAAAGAUUGAAGAAAUUACAAAGUUUCUACAAGAAUCUGCAGAAUCACACUACGCUACUAAAAGUGAACUUCUGAACAUUACUGAAUUACUGACACAAACCAAUAAUUCUCUUAAAGAGAAGACCGAAGAAUUGCAUCAAACGACUAAACUUCUCGAGAGAACCAAAUCAGAUUUCAUGGAUGUUGUAGAGACUCUUGAACGGUCAAAAAGUGAAUCUGAAAGCUUGAGACGCCAGUUGGACGAUGCACUUAAAGGUUGGGAGUUGACCAAGUCGGAAUUUUCUCGAACAAACGAAACCUUAAAAAUAAUUUCAACAUUGCUAAAUGAUAGCCAAGAAAAAUUAGACUCUACCACACGAGAGCUGCAUCACUCAGUGGAAGCUCAUAACAUCACAAAAUCUGAGCUUGCUGUUACAAAAAAACAUCUCUUAGAUACAAAAGAAAAUUUAGAACAAACACAGAACGAACUCGCAAACACUAACGCAAGUUUGACCAAUACCAAACUUGAGUUAAAUGUAGCUUGUCAAAAUCUUGGAGAAACAAUGAGUACUUUGUUGAAAACAGAAGAAAAACUCGAGAAUACAAAGAAAGCUUUGGAAAAGACAGAUAUAGACCUCGAAAAAAGAUCGGAAGAGGUGUUAACUUUAUUGGAUGCGAAGACAGAGCUCGAGAGUGAGCUAGAACAAUCGAAAUCUCUUGUACGUUCCAAAGAAGCAGAAAUUUUAGAUCUUUCUGAGACUCUCAAAAAUAUGACUGAAAAAACUGACUAUCUUACGUUGGAACUGAAGAAUACAACUUUAGCUUUGCAAGAAUCCACUGAUAAGCUACAACAAACACGUUUAGAACUUUCUGAGACAAGAAAUGAGCUCCAUCAAACAAAGGACACUCUUGAUGCAACUUCAAACAAUCUUGAACGCCAGCUAGUAGUAACUUCUGAAAAAAAUCAAACAAUCCUUCAACAAGAAUCUACUAUUCACGAGCUACAAUUAAAAAUAGAAUUACUUGACGACGAAUUGAAACACUCAAAAUUGACUAUUCAAACAAUGGAAGAACAGUCAUCUGCGCAACGGAAUUUGUUGCUUGAAAGAGAACAAGCUAUUGAAAAUCUCGAAACAGAAAGAUCACAACUUAAAAAUAUGCUGGCACAGCACGAGAAUACCAUAUCCUCAUUACAGUCGUUGCUAUCAGAAAGAGAUGCGAUUAUUAAGGAUCAGACAGAGGAUAUUAAUUUAAGAAUUGAAAACUUCAAUGCACUACAACAAGAAAAUAAUCUUAAAGACCAAGAAAACGAAAAAUUAGUUCAAGAGCUCAACCACCUGCGCUCAGUUUGUGAGGAUAAAAAACUGCAAUUAGCGAAUGCACAGGUGGUCAUCAACAACUGGGUUACAGAAAAUAUUUCUCAAGCCAACACUAUUGAAGAAUUACGUGAUUUAGUCAAAAAAAAGGAAGAAGAACUUUACUCUUUGCAACUAUCAACAAAUUCAAUUUUGAAUGAACGCAAAGAAGAGAUAAAUUUGCUGGAUGUUAAACUAAAAGAGGCGAACACAAGCAUAACAACCUUAACCGAAAAAGAUCAAGAGAAUAUGCUUCAAAUUCGGCAACUCUGGGACAAGAUUAAAGAAAGAGAUUUACAGAUUGAGAACCAAACUCGUGAUAUUAUUCGGUUAGAAGAAGAGCGAAGACAGUCUGAAUUUAAAUAUAGAAAAGAAAUUGAGCUAUUAAACAAGAUUAUAAUUGAUCUUGAGCAUUCAGCAAAGGAGAGCGAAAAAGAUAUCUUCCAAAUCAAACAGAUCAAUAACGAUCUCAAUCAAAAGAAUAUUGCCUUAGAGUUGGAGUCCAAACAAAUCAAAAAUCAAUUCCAAUCUAAGCAAAAGAAGAUCGAAGAGCUGACAACCAAGUUGCAAAUUGAGUUAAAGAGAAAUGAACGGAACGAAAAACAAAAAUCCAACCUUGUACGAAGUCUUAGAGAUCGAACAUUGAACAUGACCACAAAUUUAGAUCAAAAGAACAACUUACUGUUACAAGAUUUAACUCAAAAGAUAGAAGAAUUGCAACAAAAGUAUGAGGAGGUUGUUGAGCAGAGAAACGAGUUAAAAAAAGUGUGUCAUGCCUUACAAGCAAACAGGAAGGACCUAGAAACAAAUAAUUUUCCUCCCAGAAUUGCUAAAAACACUCUCAAGUUAAAAGGAUCACAAAAAAACCACACAACAGCAUGUACUUCUAACAAUCAUCAAUAA